GGAACACUUCCAAAUGGACAAGAAAUAGCAGUGAAAAGGUUGUCAUCCACCUCGGGGCAAGGUAUUGCAGAAUUCAAGACAGAAGUUCUAUUAGUUGCAAAGCUUCAGCAUAAGAACUUGGUCAGACUCUUGGGAUUCUGUUUGCAAGCACAAGAAAAGUUACUUGUCUAUGAGUUCUUGCCUAAUUCAAGUCUUGACAAAGUCCUACUUGAUCAAAACAAGCACAUAUCAUUGGAUUGGGAAACCCGAUAUAAGAUAAUAGCAGGAAUUGCAAGAGGACUCCUCUACCUUCAUGAAGAUUCAAGACUAAAAAUACAUCGUGAUCUAAAAUCAAGCAAUAUUAUGUUAGAUGAAAACAUGAACCCAAAAAUAUCAGAUUUUGGUUUGGCAAGGCUUGUAGGAGCUGAUCAAAUUCAAGGUGAUACCAAUAGGAUUGUUGGGACAUAUGGAUACAUGGCUCCAGAGUAUGCAAUGGCUGGGCGUUUUUCAGUCAAGUCAGAUGUUUAUAGCUUUGGAGUAAUAGUUUUGGAAAUAGUAAGUGGCCAUAAGUGUAACUCAACAGCCUUCCCUUUUCAUGAAGAAAGUUUACUUCAACGACCUGGAGGCUUUGGAACCUCAAUGCAGCUUUAGAGUUGGUGGACCUCCGACUCAAAGGUAGCUUCUCAAGUGAGGAAGCGGUGAAAUGCAUUCACAUUGGCUUGCUUUGCAUCCAAGAAAAUGCAAAUAAGAGACCAACAAUGGCUCCAAUUGUCUCGGCACUCAAUGGCUCUCCAGUGGUACUCUCUGAGCCAACACCACCUCAGUUAAUAGCCCCUAGUAGUAGCACUUCUGGUCAAUCCUCUACUAUAUUUUCAGGAAGUAAGGACAUCACAGAUGUUUAUCCUCGUUAAAUGAACAGAGGAUAGGAGGGAGUAUAUAUGUUCAGGACACAUGGUCUUUCUUUUGCUGGGAUAUAACAUUCCAAUAUCCAGCAAGGCUACAAGUUAGCUAAAAAAGUGUUCAAUUACAGGAAGAAUUCAUGCACAUACUCUAGAAACGACAUACAGGAUCUACUUCUUGCUCAGAUACAACAUAUAGAAAGGACCAGUCAUGUUGAUCAAUAUUCUCAUCAGAGAUAUGAGAGGAGCACAAUCUAGUUCAUAUUACUAAGGCAAAACAUUAUGCAUAUAUAUGCAGAAAAAUCAUAAAUGGGAAGUCCACUUAUGAACAAAAAGUGUAGGCCACUGUGGCCAUUGUUAAAGAUAGAAUAUAUGUUAGAACUUAGAAUCCUUAUUUUUCCCAAACAAAUGAAAAUAAAUAUAAGCAAAAUGGUUGAUAUUACAUAAUGAACUAUCACAUUUAAAUCAAACAUCCAAAACAAAAAUUCUUACUGUAUUUAAUUUGGUUAUCAUAUAUGGAUUUAAAAGACUUUUAUGGAAUCCGCACUGCAAAAUAAUGUGAUCUAUGUUCAGUUUGCUCAGAACUGUAAAAUAUUGACAAACUAGAGAAGGGA